AUGAGUUGAUUACGGGGCAGUGGCUGCCCUCCACACACACAAUGACUGGAAUGCUAGUUUUAUUGUUCUGACACAAGUUUAACUUUGUCAAAAAAUCCAGUGCCAUUGGCUGUAAUUAUGUCCAGAUUUUUUUCGUAAAUUUGACCAUUUUGGACCAUAAUCCAGGAUUCCCUCGACUGAACAUUGACAAAUAGUAGAAUGUCUGGCUUAAUUAAUACAGAAACAAACAUAUGUCCUGUUAGAUAACAAUUAAUGAUUGCGUCAUUAAAACAUAUUUGUUUGUGAUGCUUUUUUUUUUGGAUAGGUUAUUGAAAUUCCAAUGACAUAAGAUGUACAUUGACAGCCACUCACGUAUUUCUCUUUUUGAGAGUAGUCAAUGGUUGCCGGAAGCCUUUACAAAAAAUAUGCACAACAUUUGGUGUUGGAUGAAGGCAAAAUUGUGUACCACUACUCAAUUGUUUUGCUGUUUUAGUUGAAAACAUUCACAGCAAGGGAAACCUAGUAUUUGCUAGAAUGGUCCUGUGCGAUUACUUUUUAUAAUACAUUUAAAGUGUAUUAAGCCACAAAAGUUAAUUAAUAAAGAUUCAUAUUUAUCCAGAUAUAUAUGAUGAAAUUCAUGUUUUUACCUAAAAAUGUAAUUUCAAGAAACGAGAAGAUUCAGUUGCGGCUCUUAUUCCAGCACGGUAGGUGGCGGUAAUGUUGUUAUGCUGCCAAUCUUGGUUUUAAUUGGUCAAAACUUUGUUCUGGCUUUGGUUCCGUUUCCCGUUGUCGCCAAUUUCACCCCAAAAAAAUCGUCAGUGACUUGGUGAUAGCUGUCCAGUAUGCUAGUUACCUUUACUGUUAGAUUUCUGCCUAUCGUACAUAUUUGGUAACAUUCCGGCAUGGACAAACGAGUCAAGAAGAGUACAGCCAUUGCUGAGUUACAAACAGAGGGCUCAACUCAUCCUGGGCCUGAGAGCAAGGAUGAUCUUGGAGUUGUUCCGCAAGGACCCACCCAACCUUCAGGACAUCCAACGUCUCCUGGAAAAGAUGAACAUCUUGGGGCAGCCAGAUGCAGAAGUGGAGGAGUCACAGGCUAACUUCGUGGCGCUGGUCCAAACCCUGCUGAAAAACCCUUAUGAGAGGAAGCACUUCUUCCAGGAGGAGUUCCAUACACAGUAUGGCUCCAAGUAUGACACAGCACUGCAGGCCCUUGUGGGAGGCUUGGUCCUCAGACUGGAACGACUGCUAUCUGUGCCAGAUCUCUCCCAUCCAUUAUCAGUGCUGCCCCCUCUGACCUGGAGGAGUGUGGAAAGUCUGUGUCUGACCCUGAGCACCUGAAGAUUCUCCUCCAGCACCAGAACCUGCUAAAUAAGAUUCAGUUUGUACCUGUCACUUCUUCUGUGGGUGACUGUGUGCUGUCCUCGCUGUCCUUCCGCCUCGCGUGUGGAAUGCCAUCAAUGGAGCCAGAUUUUGACGAGCCAUCAGAAUCAUUAGAUGCCGCUCUAAGCGUCAUGAACCCUGCCUCCUUCAGUAACUUGGAGGAUCUGGGAAUGAUGUCAGAAGACUCUGACCAUGCUGGAGAAGAUAGUACUGUGGAGAGAGAAGACGAUGUACUGCCAGAGAGCGCCGUGGUCUGUUCUAGUCCUCAAGGUGUUAGCGGGCUGGUGGGAGGGGCACCAUCAAAAGGGGCACCAACAGUAAGGAGUAUGUUGCAAACAAUGAGACAGCAACAGCUUGUAUCACUAAUGAGUACUUCCAACACUGAAGCCUCUCCUUCACAGAUAGUCCUCCCUGCCACGGAUAACCAGCCGGUCGAGCUAACGAGUGUCGACCAGUGGGUCUCCCAUAUAGCCAGUUACACUUUAUCACUCCAUUCCUUGCCACCCCUUCCACAAAACGAUCAUUUGGACAAGGAGAUGGAGUCGGCCGACACAGGUCUCGGAAGCAGUGUGGUGAUCGGGGGUCAGGAAACAGAGGUCAAUCUCUUUGAGAGUUCCAUUAUCCAAAGGAAGAGGGUGCAAAAGCCACUACGAGUAGCGUGCUCGAAAAAGAGAAACCCUGCAACCAACUCCUGCCAAGAGUGUGGGAAGCGUUUUCUGUCUCGGGGACGGCUGGAGGAUCACCUCCGCAUACACACCGGGGAGAAACCUUUCAAGUGCAGCGAUUGUAGCAGGUUCUUCAGGACGUUGGCACUCCUGACCAACCAUAUGAAAAUUCACUCUGACGUGCGGCCCUUUAGCUGCGACGAGUGCGGCAAGUGCUUUCGGAGAAAGGUUGGCCUUCAGAAUCACCAUCGUGUCCACACGGAUGCUAGACCAUACAAAUGCACCAUAUGUGGCAAGGGUUUCACGCAGGUACAGUACUGCAAACGACACAUGGAUUGUCAUACAAGUGAGAAUACCUAUUUCUGCACUCAUUGUCCGAAGAGUUUCCCAACCCAAUUCCAGCUGUCUGCCCACCAGCGCUGGCACACCAUGGACCGCCCGUACGCCUGUGAGCAGUGUGGGUUGCGUUUCUUUAUGCCAAGCUUGUUAAAGAGACACAUGGGCUACCACAUUGGGAACCGCCAGUUCCUGUGUGCCCAGUGCGGAAGGACCUUUGUUUAUGAGUUUGACCUAAAGAGACACCAAAAAGACCAUGACCCCAGUCCCAAGCUCCCCUGCCCCGUCUGCCAGAAGAUGUUUGGCAACAACAGCCUACUCCAGGCCCACAUACGCAGGCACUCUUCAGAGAAACCUUACAGAUGCGACAUAUGCGACAAGACCUUUAAAGACAGCGGGGGCCUCCGCAUACACAAGCGGGGGCUGCACUCGAACGAACGCCCUUACAGCUGCGACGAGUGUGGGAAGACCUACAAACUACACACGCACCUGAGGGAGCACAAGUUUAAACACACAGGCGAGGGCCACAGCUGUGGCCAGUGUGGAAAAGCCUUCAGAUACCUGCGUCUCCUGAAGGCGCACGAGCGGUCGCACUCCGAGCCAUCUGAGCUCACGCGACGAAACAGUCACACCAGCCGUCGCAGAAGACAUUCCUCCAAAAGGAGUUGAUUUUCUCACAUUUUCACACCUUUCACUGUGGCUACAGUAAUAUACAACAGUAUUCAACUUUGUCACAAUUCCAUGUCAUUGGCUGUACGGUCGUUAUGUAGGGCAGCACAGGGUUCCUCUGUGUUGUCUGAAGAAUGCUGCAUUAUCCCACCAUUCUGUCAUAUCUCUGUGGUGCAGAGGGGCGACAUGAUGGGGGAUGGUGAGAUAAUUGACUUGAACGGAGAAGAGGGUCUCUGCUGUUCAGGACUGCUGCUCACUGAGUUUACCUUCCUCCCUCUAUGAUCCUCCCUUCCUCUGAUCAGACAUACUGGGACUAUACAAACACUUAUUACAUGAUACACAGCAUAUCAAGUACAGGGUCUAAAGUCUUUUCAAAUCAUGGAAUGUCAUACAUGGUCUAUUUUGGGAGGUACCAGCAUUGCAGUCCUAACAGCCAUGCAUACAAGCCGGUUGUGUGACUGAAGGCUCCCAGAAAAUCUGUGGACCGGAAAUUCAUAAAGUGAAUCUGUGGAACUAUGUUCAGUGAGGUGUGUUAGGUAAACCAGUGAAACAUCCUCCACUGUCAGGUACAGUAUGCUCUCAAGAGAACAUGGUUUUAAUCUGUUGACUUGGAUCAGGAUUGGGGGUCAAUUACUUUUUAAUUCAGGAUCUUCCUAAUAGAAAAUAAUUUCAGUUACUCCAACCCUGAUUUGGAUAGUCUCAUGGCUUCUCCCGCAGUAUAAUCACCAGAGUGAUUCAGAUUCAGUAUUUAAUAGUCACAUGUACAGGGUUGCAGGUAUAAUUGCGGAUACAGUGAAAAUCUUAGGGUCCAAACUCCAACAGAGUGUAGUUCUUCAAUUUGUGCUUCUUGUUCUAUCGCAAUGUUCUUGUUGAAUUAAAAAGCUUAUAGGCUACAUUAA